CCAGCCGACUUGGGGUCACGGAAGACCCCCGGCUCCCCUCCACGCACCCCCCUUCUUGCCACCGCGAGCCUCAGGCCGACCCUAGCUCGGGGAGGGGGAGGGGCACGCGUGAUCGCGGCGCUCCCGGGCGCACCCGCUUCUUUCUGGCUCGGCGGCUCGCCCGGCCGGGCGCGCGCGCACACACACACACGCGCACACACACGCGCACACGCGGACACACGCGCGCACACACGCACACGCGCGCACACGCACCCCACACGCGCACCGUGGCCCGCUCGCUCCCUCCGCCUUUGUUUAUUUUCUAAUCUCCCCGCGGGGUGGGCAGCCCGGCUCGGCGCGCUCCGCCCCUGCACCCCGGGCCCGCGCCCGGCCCCGCGCGCGGGGUUUGAAGGUCACCUCCUUUCCCGCGCCCGCGCCCGCCCGCCGCGGGGAAGCCCCGAGCGCCGCGGGAACCCCGGGCCCGCGCCCCGGACCUGCCGCCGGGGCCCCCCGCGCGCCCGGACCCGCCGCCCGCCCGCGCCCGCAGCGGCCGGGGGCGAACGCCGCGCACGGCGACCCGAGGGUCGCGGCGAUCGAGCGCCUGGACGCCGGGGAUCCGAGGAAACAGCCCCAGGGACCCAUGCGAGAGGAACCUGCCGCUGCCCGGACCCAGCUCAGCAUUCGGAGAUCAGAGCCGACGGCAGCGCCAGCGAGGACGCAGAGGACGGGAAGGUUUCAAGGCAACAGAUGAAUUGUGAAAGAGAACAGCUCAGGGGUAAUCAGGAAGCAGCAGCCGCCCCGGACACCAUGGCUCAGCCUUACGCCUCGGCCCAGUUCGCGGCCCCCCAGAACGGCCUCCCCGCGGAGUACACGGCCCCCCACCCCCACCCCGCGCCCGAGUACACGGGCCAGACCUCCGUCCCCGAGCACACGUUGAACCUGUACCCGCCCGGCCAGUCGCACCCGGAGCCCAGCGCGGGGGACACUGGCGCCCAGACCGUGUCGGGCACUGCCACACAGACAGACGACUCGGCCCCGACGGACGGCCAGCCCCAGACGCAGCCUUCGGAGGCCUUGGAGAACAAGUCCCAACCCAAGCGGCUGCACGUCUCCAACAUCCCCUUCCGGUUCCGGGACCCGGACCUCCGGCAAAUGUUCGGCCAAUUUGGUAAAAUCUUAGAUGUUGAAAUUAUUUUUAAUGAGCGAGGCUCAAAGGGAUUUGGUUUCGUAACUUUCGAAAAUAGUGCCGAUGCCGACAGGGCGAGGGAGAAAUUACACGGCACCGUGGUAGAGGGCCGUAAAAUCGAGGUAAAUAAUGCCACGGCACGUGUAAUGACAAAUAAGAAGACGGUCAACCCGUAUACAAACGGCUGGAAAUUGAAUCCAGUGGUGGGUGCAGUCUACAGUCCUGAAUUCUAUGCAGGCACGGUGCUGUUGUGCCAGGCCAACCAGGAGGGGACUUCCAUGUAUACUGCCCCCAGUUCUCUUGUGUACACUUCCGCAACGCAUGGAACGGGUGUUCCCCCCAGGGGAAUUCUGCAGCACCACGAACCCGCUGUUGAAAGCGUUCCUGCACCCCCAGAAUUGUUGCCCGGCUUCCCGUACCCAGCCGCCACCGCCGCGGCCGCCUACCGAGGGGCGCACCUCCGUGGGCGCGGCCGCACCGUCUACAACACCUUCCGGGCCGCCGCCCCCCCGCCCCCGAUCCCGGCCUACGGCGGUGUUGUGUACCAGGAUGGAUUUUAUGGUGCAGACAUUUAUGGUGGCUACGCUGCUUACCGCUACGCCCAGCCCACCCCUGCCACCGCCGCCGCCUACAGUGACAGUUACGGACGAGUUUAUGCUGCCGACCCCUACCACCACACACUUGCUCCAGCCCCCACCUACGGCGUUGGUGCCAUGAAUGCUUUUGCACCCUUGACUGAUGCCAAGACUAGGAGCCAUGCUGAGGAUGUGGGUCUCGUACUUUCUUCAUUGCAGGCUAGUAUAUACCGAGGGGGAUACAACCGUUUCGCUCCAUACUAAUGAAAAACAAAAACAAAAAAACAAAAAAAAAACAAAAAACAAAAAACAAAACAAAAACAAAAAUGAAACAAACAAAAACCACAAAAAAAAAAAACCAUAGCAACCUUCCAGUGUGGGGAGAAAGGGAGCUUUCCAAGGCCUGGGUAUUGCAAUACAUGCAGUAGUACAUCAUUUUAGCGACUCUAAAAAAUAAAAAAAAAGAGGAAAAAAAUUACAUUUUUUAUCUUAUACCUCAGAUAUUUUGUUCUGUGUAUUUUAAUAUUGUGGGUCUUUCAUUUCUGAAGGUUCCGUAGUUUGAUUGCUGGCUGUAGGAGUUUUGUUUCUGUUUUGGAUUUUAUUUUUGUGGUUGAUCUAGAGAGAUGCUAGCUAUAAAUAAAAACUGGGUUAGGGCCCUAUCCAGAGUGCUAUAUCCUGUAAAUGACUAUAUGCUGACUGUGUAAGCUCCGGGGGGGUUAUCCGCUACGGGAAAGAGUACCAGUGAGGGUCAUCGUCAUUUUUUGCUUCCCCCCGCCCCCCUGUCUCCAUGAUUUCAUUUUAUGAAGGGGAAGGGUGGGAGGGACGGUGGAGAUCGGGACUCUGGGGAUCGACUGAAAGAGAAAGGAAUUUGUGACUUGAAGGACCGAGGCGACCCACUGUACCAACAAUCAUACCCACGGUUCUAAGUUUCUCAUCGUUCGUUCAAGCCAAAGGGUGUGUGGUUGAGGGGUCCUUCUCGCAGUGCUGUGUCUGAGUUGACUGAAGCUGUGACCCGCCUUGCAGGGCCGUUCCACCCGGCAGUAUUCAGCUUCUUACGCAGCCACUAGGUAGUUAGAAACCGCUAGUCUAUCCACAACAUUCUUUUUAUAUUUCUUCCAGUAUAAUGAAUUAUUGAUAUCAUUGCUGACUUUUAUAUUAUGGGAGGGAAAAAAAUAACAUUAAUAAAAAGGUGAUAAAAAGCACUGUUUCUAUUUUUUUCUUUUUUUCCAAAAAAAAGAAAGUAAUAAAAACUUAAAUUCUUUGUACCGGUUAAAAAAAAAUGUAUAAAAUGUACCUCUGUGCAGUGGAGUUGUUCAGUGCUAGAAACAGUCCAUGAAGCUUUAGUUUUAGCCUAGUAGAACUGUUAAGAGACAACACGUAUAAUUUUUAUGGAAUUACAUGGUAAUUAUAUUCGGAUUUCUAGACGCAUUUUACAAGUAUUGCAAUCACUGAGUAGAGAUAUUCAUGGUAUUUUCAUCAGCUCGGUACUUUUUGGACACAUGACCGUAUGAUGUGAACAAUCUGCAAUUUUUCAGCCCGUGAAAGCUGCCCUCCCCUGCGCCCCCUAGCCACCCACCCACUUCGACUCCCAGCCCCAGGCUCAGUCCCAAACUAGUUUUCUUAGUUCUGUCUCCAGGGCCCAGGACAUUUGUCAAAAGGAAGCAAAAAAAAAAAAAGUAGGUCCCACCUCUUCAUCCCUCGCUACCACGCGCUCCCCUCUCUUCGAAGGGCCAGAGUCACAGCUGAAAAAUUACAGGUUGUGUAUUUUCUUCUGUUUGAUCUCUUUCCAUGUUGUCCUGUUUACAAAGUUCUCCUAAGUUGGGGUAUCUGUCACGGGUCUUCCUGUUUUUUUGUAUUUAAACCAAGGGCAGCCCCCCUCCCCACUUCCAGGUCCCCGAGGACUCAAGCUGCCGUAGUGACAUCUGUGUACGGGGCGGGCUCUGGGCCUGCACCUUAGUAAGUUAUCCAACUCACCGCUGUGAACCUGCCAAUCGCUGUAACAACUCUGCUUUCAAACAAAACCCAACAAAACUGAAAAAAAAGACAAAAAAACAAACAACAACAAAAAAAAUAAUGUGUUUGUGACCCAGCUUUUUCCCGCCAUUCUCUGUGCAUGCAGUUAAGAUCGUCGGAUAUUAAAACCAUCAAUAAAAUUUCACGAGAUUUGAACACAGCGUUUCUGUAGCUUGGUGUUUCAGACAGAGCACUGUCAUCUUGGAAAGAGAACGGGGAAGGGAAAACUCAUCAGCCAAAAAGUUAAACCUGCCAAAAGUUCUUUUGACCAGACUUCUUGGGGGUGUGGGUGGGGGGGCGGGGGGUGGUGUUUCCUAACCUCAUUCAGAUAUCCUCAUGUCCCUACUUCCCCUACUUGGAAACCACACACCGGCCGGACCACGGGCGUGGGGAAAGACGGCAGACACAGGAGCUGGGGAGAAGAACUCUCCCAAAGGUCUCAGAUCACAAAAUCCAGAACUUGCCUCGUAUUCGGAAUCACAAACAUUGAAUUCUUACUGUUGUUGGUUCAAGUACAAUUAAUUUGCAGUUUUGAUUUUCGCCGACGAGCUGUACUUUCCCCCCAUGAUUGUAUGUAGUUUUAAUAAACUCCUUUAGAGCAAGCGGGUGCCAACUGAUAGUACAGAAUUUUUUUUUUUUGUCUCGGCACUUCUCCAAGAUGCCAAUAAGUCAUUUUCAAAUGUAUGUCAGAGAUGUAAACCAACAUUUUGGAUUUUUUUAAACGGUAUUUAUUUGGAAUGUUUUCAUUUAUCUAAAUAACUAUUGCUAUUAUGAAUUAUGGAGAAAAAAAGAUUAAUAUCAUGUGUGACAUAUAGUGACUUCUUAACACACACAUUGUGUAAUCUGCAAACCCAGAAAAUGUGUAUAUCUGUCUUUAGAAAUUAGUGUUUAUAUCACUUACAGUGGUUUGUGAAUAAAGAAAACUGGUUUGUAAUAUCAAAAAAUAAAAGCUUAGUCUCAAAAGGUA